CCCUGGCUCUGGGAAAUAUAGGCAGCAUCCCUGCGGUCCCAGCGUUCACUCUCUCUCUCUCUGCGCUGCCUGCCUGAAUACAGUCUACAGCCGAGUGCAACGAGUUACCACAGACAGACAGAGAGCAGACUGGCUGGUUGGACCGGCGCGUUUCCGAUACAACACACUGCAUCGUUGUUUCAGAGCGAAGAGAAGGCAGAUUAUAACACAGGUACCUACUGGUCUUCGCAGAUAGAGAGGCAGAAAUGUUGGUCAAAUUUGCAAUAGCGCUUCUGGUUUUGUCAGUUCUGGAGCAAGUGGUGGGAUUGGAUAAUAUCGAUGUUCAUGACAACCCGCCAGAGAAACCGGCGAGCCAGAAAGGACGUAUGUCUCUGCAGAACACAGCUGAGAUCCAGCACUGUCUGGUGAGUGCAGGAGACGUGGGCUGCGGUGUGUUUGAGUGUUUUGAGAACAACUCCUGUGAGAUCAGAGGCCUGCAGGAGAUCUGUCUGACCUUCCUACACAACGCCGGAAAGUUUGACUCCCAGGGUAAGUCGUUCAUCAAGGAUGCUCUGAAGUGCAUGGCCCACGGCUUGAGACACAAGUUCAGCUGCAUCAGCAGGAAGUGCCUGGCCAUUAAAGAGAUGGUGUUCCAGCUGCAGAGAGAGUGUUACCUCAGACACAACCUGUGUUCUGCAGCCAAGGAGAACGUUGCGGUCAUGGUCGAGAUGAUCCACUUCCAGGACCUCUUCCCUAAAGGGCCAUAUGUGGAGCUGGUUAACAUCCUACUGAGCUGUGGGGAGGAGGUGAAGGAGGCCUUAACCAGGAGCGUCCGGCUGCAGUGUGAGCAGAACUGGGCUCUCUGUGACAGCCUGAGUGUCUGCUCUUCCCUCACCCCCUCCUGGUCAGGCCCCCUCCUCCCCCGACCACCGCCGCCACGGGUCCCCCACUCUGAGCCAGACCCCCCGACCCCCCGACAGGGGGACAAGGACAAGUCCAGUAAAGGAGGCUUCAACGCCCACCCCCGCAGCCGCAGCCAGGGUCCCCGCCGACAGAGCCCCGAGGCUGGGGUGGUGGCGGAGCAGGAAGACCCUGAGGCCACAGACAUCCGGAGGUGAAAGAGACAUUGGACCCUAACUAUCCUGAUUCUCCCUCCCGACCGUGUCACCAUCGCAGCCCCCCGACCGUGUCACCAUCGCAGCCCCCUCUCUCUCUCUCUCCCUCUCCUCUCAGUCAUUCCAGCAGUCCCAAAUGGUAAAUCUGCAGGUAACAUGGUGUAGCUCAUUCAGUUACUCCAGAUUGUAGUCCACCGACGUUUCUGUUUAUUAUUGAAAUAUAAUAGGUAUUAUUAUCCUGAUUUUUAUUUGAAGUGUUAGGACUUUUUUGGGCUCUAAUAUAGCGUUUCUCAAAUCGUACUCACUGUAACAUUUCAUUAUAUUUGUAUUAUUUAUUUGAUUGUUUAAAUAUCCAAAUGUACAUAGAUAUACUUAUCUAUAUUUAUACAGUACGAACAUGUAUAAAUAUAGUCACCAUAUGCAGUACUGAUGUACUAUACGAUUAUAGUACAUGGUGUGUUCUGUCGUAUACCCUACCAUACCUCACGACCCAUCACCACCCAUCACGACCCAUUACCACCCAUAGAUAUGUAACAUUCAGCUUUGUUGUUUCAAAGUGGGAAUGUGUUGGUAGUAUUAUAAUUCUAGAUACUUGAUGAUUAAAUACAAACUGUACUGGUUUUCAAGUCCAGGUCUGGCACAUAUGACUUGUAGUGCAUGAGGUGGGUAACCAUGGCAAAGUAAACAAACUGGUACAUUCUCUGAUGGCCAGCUUCCAUCGUUAGGAUUCCUACUAUUAGAGAGCCCAGGACACAGUGUCUGUCUGUAGCAGCACAUUCAUAGUGUGUCUCAAAUAGCACCCUAUUCCCUACAGAGUGCACUGCUUUUGACCAGGGCUGUAUGGGCUAUUUGGGAUGCAGAAAUAGCAGACAUAGCUUAGGUCCUCUGAUUUCAGCUAAUGUGCAACCCCAUGCUUCCAGGUGCCUCAACAUGCUGGUCCCUUCUGUAGUGACUCUGUAGUGACUCCUCUCUGUGACACUGAGGUUUACUAGAGUUCACUCGACUGGGGUGACAAUGUUGUACAUACAGUAAGUAGCACUAGGAAAAUCCAAAGGAGAUUUUCAAUUAAUUUGGUUUAAAGAUGAAUUAUUGAAACUUUUAUUGGAUUCAAGGCACAAAUGUUACUGUUGUGGUAACUUUACUCGCAGACAGACGCGCUACAGAUGGUCCUACAGGCAGAUGGUCCAGACAGUCCGACAGAUGGUCGUACACAGUCCGUACGACAGACGCCAAUAGUCCGAAAAACAGACACGCUACAGACAGUCCUAUGGACACGCUACAGACAGUCCUAUGGACACGCUACAGACUGUCCUAUGGACACGCUACAGACUGUCCUAUGGACGCGCUACAGAUGGUCCUGCGGGUGCGCUACAGACAGUCCGAAAGACAGACAAGUUACAGACGGUCCCACGGGCGGUCCCACAGACACACUACAGACUGUCCUAUAGACAGUCCCACAGAAACACUACAGACUGUCCUACAGACACACUAGACAGUCUUACUGUUUUACGACACGCUACAGACAGACACGCUACAGUCAGACACGCUACACAGUCCUACAGACACACUACAGACAGCUUUACAACACGCUACAGACAGUCCUGCAGACACGCUAGACAUACAGUAGCACCCCAGUAACUGCAUCUCAGUAAGCAUCAGUAAGCAUCACUUUCAUACAGACACGCCACAGACAUGCUACAGACACGCUGCAGACAUUAAUAUGGACAUGCUACGGACGUGUUGAGGACACGCUACAGACAUUCAUACAGACACGCUACAGACACACUACAGACACGCUACAGACACACUACAGACACGCUACAGACUUUCAUGCAGACAGGCUACAGACUUUCAUGCAGACACGCUACAGACAUUCAUGCAGACACGCUACAGACAUUCAUGCAGACACGCUACAGACACAACAGACAUUCAUACAGA